AUGGAUGAUGAACUUCAAAGUGGAAAGAAAAUUUCCACAAAACUUCUUGAAGCUAUUGAAAGUUCAAAGAUUUCGAUAAUUGUCUUCUCUAAAAACUAUACAACUUUCACUUGGUGCUUGAAUGAACUUGUCAAAAUUCUUGAAGCUAUUGAAAGUUCAAAGAUUUUGAUAAUUGUCUUCUCUAAAAACUAUGCAACUUCCACUUGGUGCUUGAAUGAACUUGUCAAAAUUCUUGAGUGUAAGAAGAAUGGCCAAAUAUUGCUUCCAGUUUUUUACAAGGUGGAUCCAUCAGAAGUACGUAGCCAAAGUGGAAAGUUUGGAGAAGCGCUAGAAAAACAUGAACAAUUCAAGGAUAAUAUUAACAAGGUGCAAAGAUGGAAGGCAGCUCUAAAUGAAGCUGGCAAUCUAUCUGUUGGAAUAGACUCUCGCAUAGCAAAAAUAAGUUGGCGUUUAGAUAUUGAGUCAAAUGAUGUUCGCAUGUUAGUGAUCCAUGGUCUUCCUGGAAUAGGUAGUAGCUUUCUAGAGGAUGUUAGAGAAAACUCAAAAACAAAUGAUGGCGUACUCCAACUACAAGAGGCUCUUUAUUCUAAGAUCUUAGGGGGUAGAAAUUUGAAAGUGCAUGGUGUGUCUAAAAGAAUCAAUGUGAUCAUGGAAAAGCUUCACCACAAAAGAAUUCUUUUAAUUCUUGAUGAUGUGGAGAAAUUAGUCCAAGUAGAAAAUUUGCUUGGAAAUUGUUGGUUUGCUUCUGGAAGUAGAAUAAUUAUCACAACAAGAGAGGAAAAGUUGCUAUCUACUCUUUGA